AUGGCAGCAACACUUGAUCAGCCGCACCUCGAUGCACUCGUGGGCGGCCCUGUCGUCGACUCUGCUUCCAUCACACCCCCCCAAAGCGCCAACGGAAAGAAGGAUGCCCCCGAAGGCGUGCCGUCGGAGUUAUCAGAUCUCGAGUUGGAACCAAAGUCGGCGACUGUGACCGACGAGGCCCAGAUAAAACAGGAGGAUCCGGAAGACGAUGAAGAAAUUGAGCCCGACCAUUACUAUGGCGGUGGCAAGAUUCCUGUUUUCAAGCCAACAAUGGACCAGUUCCAAGAUUUCCAGUCUUUCAUCAAAAAGAUUGACAAGUAUGGAAUGCAGGCGGGAAUCGUGAAAGUGAUUCCUCCGAAGGAAUGGACUGAGUCUCUGCCGGCAUUGGACGAGGCUGUGAAGACUAUUCGAGUCAAGAACCCCAUUAUGCAGGAGUUCCAUGGAUCUCAUGGCACGUAUACCCAAGCCAACAUUGAACGUCAGCGCACAUACAACCUCCCUCAGUGGAAAGGGCUAUGUGAAGAAAGCAGUCACCAACCACCUGCUCGUCGCGGAGAGAGACGUCGCAACCAGGAACGCGCAAACCGCCCAGCUUCCACUCCACGAGCUCCGACAGUUCGACCAGAAGGCCAGAAACGCCGACCCGGACGCCCUCCCAAGCGUUCUCACCAAGUUAAAAUCAAAGAAGAGCCCUUAGCCGAUGACGAUGCAGACAAGUCCAAGCUGGAGGGUCCUCCGACCCCUGUGUCGCCGGAAUCCCACCCCGUUGAGCCCAAAAGUGAAGACUUGAGCGAGGGUGAAUCACUUCCUGCAUUGAAACCCAAGGGCAGGCAGCCCAAGUCUGUCACGGCCCGACGGAAGAAUAACCGUGGUGAAACCGUUGAUUCUGUUGAUGAAGAAGCAUUCAAAGAUUUCGAUUACCGCAUCCAUGAUAAUGAAGACUAUACCGCGGAGCGAUGCGAAGAGCUCGAGACUGCGUAUUGGAAGUCCCUCAUGUUUAACAACCCCAUGUAUGGUGCGGACAUGCCAGGAUCCCUCUUCGACGACUCGACGACUUCUUGGAAUGUGCCCGGCGUCAAUACCGCCUACCUUUAUCUCGGAAUGUGGAAGGCCACCUUUGCCUGGCAUCUCGAAGAUGUGGAUCUUUACAGUAUCAACUAUAUUCAUUUCGGUGCCCCCAAGCAGUGGUAUAGCAUCUCUCAAGAAGAUGCACCUCGUUUUGAGGCUGCAAUGCGCAGUAUCUGGUCCAGUGACGCAAAGAACUGCAACCAGUUUCUCCGCCACAAGACCUACUUAGUCUCGCCCAGCUUGCUCAAAUCACAGUAUGGUAUCACGGUGAACCGACUGGUCCACUAUGAAGGGGAAUUUGUUAUUACCUUCCCCUACGGAUACCAUUCUGGGUACAACAUCGGGUACAACUGUGCUGAGUCUGUCAAUUUCGCAACCGAAAGAUGGUUGGAUUAUGGCCGCAUUGCCAAGAAAUGCCAUUGCGAAGCCGACAGUGUUUGGAUCGACGUGGACGAGAUCGAGCGCAAACUUCGUGGUGAAUCCACCCCCGAGUAUUAUGGCGACUAUGACAGCGAACUGGAGGGCUUUGAAGGUGCCUCCGAUAUGCUCACGCCUCCACGCAGUGUACCGGAGAAGACCUCCACCCGUGGUCGAAAGCGGAAGAUCACGGGUGACGGGCCGCGAACCAAACGACCCAAACUCCACCUUGACGGCCCUCGGAAGAUUCCGUGCCUGCUCUGUCCCAACAAUCUCGAUUAUGAGGAUCUUCUGCCUACUGAGGAUGGCAAGGGUCAUGCUCAUCGGCGGUGUGCAUCGUUCAUCGAGGAAACCAGCAUCCUGCGUGAUGGGUCCGGCAAGGAGAUUGUGUGCGAUAUCGACAAGAUUCCCAAGGCUCGUCUUGGCUUGAAGUGUCUAUUUUGUCGCGAGGUUCAGGGUGCUUGCUUUCAAUGUAAUUUUGGCAAGUGCACUCGUGCGUAUCAUGCAACUUGUGCCCUUCUGGCAGGUGUGCAAGUCGAGCAUGGUCGCAUCGCCGUGAUCGUCGAUGAUGGCCAGCAAUAUGCUCUGCCCAGUGUCGACCUCAAGUGUAAGUUCCAUCGACAGAAGCGGCCCACCGGUUUGCUGCCCGAAUCCUCCGAUUUGGAUCGUCGCGUGAUCGAAGCGGCUCGCCGUCUCGUCCAAGGAGACCUCAUUCAAUUCCAAGCGGACAAGGAGAUUAAUGGCGCCAUUGUGCUUGAGAACCGGCCGGAGGAACGGUCUCUACUCCUCAAAAUUCUUCCUCGUGGCGAUGUCAUUGAGAUGCCUUAUCGUUGGAUGCUGGUGGUGCGCAAGAGUAAUUUUGUGCCCCUCGUGCCGGGUAUUCAACCCCUCCCGGCCCACUUGGCGCGCAAGCCGGAACAACGAAAGGAUCUCGAGGCCGCGGUGCCGGCUGCAGGUAGUGCAUUUGGCGACAGCAGCUCUCCCUAUCAGUGGGCUGAAUUCGAAACGGUGGAUGGAACUAGGAACUAUUUCGCCCCACUCGCGGCCCAUUUGGACCAGAGCGAGCAGAUUUGGUAUUACCUGGGCGAGUCGUCGACGGAGAGUAGGGCACAGUAUACGCACAACCCUAGCGUGCCUGUCCACAACCCGCGGGCCAAUUUCCUGGACAGCGUCAAGUCGCUUGGCGUGGCUGGUGCCCAUCGUGCAUCGAAGAUCCCCCCCCACCCCUUCACGGCCACCGCCCCUGCCCCUCCUUACCAGCAAAAUCUUUACGCCCAACGUCAACACCGACCGCCGCUCCCGCUACCACCCCAACCACUACAACACCACCACUACCACCAACAACACCUUCUCCCUCCGCAAUCUCGACUGCAGCCUCAACACGACUUCUCCUCCGCUUUGACCGGUCCCCGUUCAUCCAAUCACCCUUCUUCCCCGCCACUGCCGCAGCACCUCCAAUCCGCCCGACCGCCCUCCGCUUCCGCCUCUUCCCUGCAGCAUCUUGCCCCUCCCCCUCCCCCUUCUGCUCCUGCUGCUGCCGGUGCUGCUGCUGCUGGACCUGCGAUGCCGUCGGCCUUUCGAACCCUUCCAAACCAAUCUGCCCGCCAUGCCCCCUACCCCACGGUCGUCAAAUCGCACGCUCAGCAGCAGCACCACCUCACCUCCACCAAUACCUUUGGCAACGUUCGGGAUAUCAUUGCUCGCCGUCGUCUCGCCCAGAUCACCGAACAUGCCAAUGUCUUUGCGGGGUACACCAUCGUCAGCCCAGAAUUGGUGGUAGAGACCCUUCUGGGCCCGAUGGGGUCUAUCCCUCCGUCCACUGGUCUCGAGAAACUGGAACUGGCCAUGGCCCAGCAACGGGUACAGCCGCGGGCUGCCGAUGGGACCUUGCUGCCACCGCAGACGCUUAAUAUGCGAGCGGAUGAAGUGGCUCGACUUCUUCAGAUGCUGCGUUUCUCAUUGGUCAGCCAUCGGGAACGAUUGGAUGUCAUUCAGAAGAAAGAGUCCGAGGGAGUGAAGCUGGAGACGGUUGAUCAAGGCAGUGUAGCCGCGGCCAAAAUGCCGGGCAAGUACGCCUUCCUCGACCAGCAACGGGCCCUGGCUCCCAACGUCUAUCAGUCCCCGUACAACAUGCCGUCUGGACUCUCGGAGUAUGCCAGGACGACGUACGGACUGAUCCCAGCAGCGGAUGAGCCACCAAAGGCAUCUCUGGCCAAUGAUUUCUUUGCCAGUCUGUCGCAGGCUGAUCAAGAAAAGAUCAUGAAGACGUGUGGCAGCUUUGUGCAACGUGCCAUUGAGCGGUCUGCCACUCAUAGCCGACAUAGCUCAACGGCAUCAAAUCUUCGGUUGUCAUCGGCCCUUGCACAACAGACGGAGAACCCGACAAUUGACAUCACCACUGUCGACGAUCCCCCACUGUCGGGACUGGACCUGCCCCUGCACGCGGACUCCCCCUGUUCCAGCUUUGGUCGGUCCCACAUGCGUUUCCAAUCCCCAGGUGAAUUUCCGAUCCACGGCCCUGAUCCCCAACCCGAUCAUCAUGAUCUAUUUGGGGAUCAACAAGCCAACACGCGAUUUUGGCAGAAUGGGCCGUGGGUUGCUGGUGAUGGCAACACCCCGAAUGACGAGAACCGACCGUUUUUCGGACCCCACCUGUUUGGACCGCAUGAGCGACUGAAGCAUGACUACGCAUCGUCGGACAUUUCCCUGGGCAAAGGGCCCGGGUCCCUGCAUUCGGUCGAUAUGGCCGGGUUUGGACCCGAUGUUCCCGAUGAUCUUCUCACUGGAGGGUUGAGUCCUUGA